AUGACUUUUGCCCGAAAAGUUCACUGUAAGAUCGCUACUGAGGUCAAAAGCGUAUUAUGGCCCAGCCUCAUCCAGACGUCAUGGUCUCAGAAGGACGCUCACAGGCAAUGCACAGCGCCUCGACACGUCAUUGUGCCCGAUUCGACUAUCCUCACUCCCGAUACUACUCAUGCCCUAGGUCCAAGCCCAGGUGCCUCGUCCAGUACAGCAUCGACACCUGGACAAAGAGCCACCAGAUCAGAUUGGCAAGUAGGCAAUGCCUUAUUUGAUCUCCAGAUGAAGCCAUUCCAUGCUCCAGAUCAUGGAAUAACUGUUUCAUUUAACCCUGGCCCCCCGCAAGAGGUCAAAGUGCCGGCUGCUAGUCUCAACCCAUAUCGCGAUGGUCGCAUCAGGACCGCGGUGCCAAGCAAGCUUAAGGGCAGGACGAACAUGAAGCAAGGUAACUUCAGUGUUAUGCAUAUGCACAUCCAGAAGCCCCAAAUAACGGAGCGCGACCUUGCGGCCAAGCUUACAAGUGAACGAACUGCUGCUGCUGCCAAACUUGCAAGUGCUCAAGGGUAUCGCUAUCCAAGGAGACCGCGGCCACCACACACAGCGGCUGCUCGGAAUAUUUCACAAUCUCUAUCAAAUUCGCCUUCAGUAACUGCAGACAUUCACGGGCCACUUUCUCAGCCUCCACCCCUCGGAACUGUUGUGCCAUAUGAAGAGCGGCGAGCAGAGACGGGAUCUGCACAAGCCAGCGCAAGGCUCGAAGAGAAUCCAUUGACGGAACCAGAUAGCAUGGAAAUUAUUGAAACAGAAAUUCCAGCAGAAUCAACUAAAGGAGACGUCACACCCGGGGUCGACCAUGAACAAGAGGACGCUCCAUUUUUAGAUGCGAGCUCGGCACAGGACGUCAACAUGAGCCCGUCGAACGAAAUUGCCGCUCCAGUAGAUCCCACACAGGAGGCCAACAGAGAACAGCCUGCCAUUACGAAGCUCUUGACAACAAUUCUUUCACCGGAAGAGGUCAGAGCAGAGCAAUAUCGACUUCUUGAACUCUUACCAAAGCUGCACCCAAGUACAGUCGUAGAAACGCUUUGCAGUGCCCUUACUCAGUUCGGCGGUGCCACUCGGCAGCCCCCAUCUCCUCAUGGGGAGUCCUCUGAGAGCGGCUCGAAGAAAAGCUCGGGCGAUCUCUUUAUUUCGUGGAUUUCGGAAAUCUUCCCUCCAAACUUUGCUGAAAACAGCACUACCAAAAGGCCAUCGAAACCCUCAACAGGGAGACCACGAGGCAGUGCUCUUCGAACCACAUUCUCUCUCCCAGAGUUGCCCUAUCCUACUGAAGAAGCGGCCAGCAUAAUGCAAGGUGACGCGACUGGCUCGCUUGGCUGCACGCAAGAGAACAAAACACCAACAGCCGCUGGCAGUUCUGUUAUCAUACAGGGACCUCAGGGGCCACCCAGCCACCCUCAGGACGCUGACCUAGUUUCUUCAAAAAAGAGAAAGAAUUCACAAGAAGGUCCCUGCACCAAUACUCAAGUGAUCGAUAUUCGCCAAACAUCCCCCAGGACCGCGGGCCUGAUCACCAAUCCACCUCAUGAGACACAAGUCAAGCGUCUUCGUGUGUCUCAGGAGACAGGUCCAAGAAACCUUGGCACCAGCGAAAGAUGUUCGCAAUCAGCCGAUGCAGAGGCUUUAGCUUUUCGCUCAAGUGCCAGUACCAGACACGCACCGUCUAUAUCGGACACAUCCGCCUCCGGAGUACAGGCAAUUGGGAUCGGGGAUAGUUUGAGCCAGCAAGUGCCACAAAGUCCAUCUCAUCUGUACCAGCAGGAUCGAGGACUCAAGCAAUUUGAUGAGUCUUGCCAGACCCAAGUAGAUCAAGGCGUCCAAGUUCAACGCAAGCACCAGCCUCGGCAUCAUUCAUCACAAGAUUUGAGAUCCGAACAGUCGAUUCAUCCAACGAGUCUAUCCUCUCCAACGAGUACUCAGUCACAUAGCCGUGACCUCGUGGCUCCGGAGGAUGUUCCCCGAAAAGUAACCGUGGUGGAUUUGUACCAACGACAGCAACGACACUUGUCGAAUAAAUUAGGACAUUCCGCUGCAUGUCGUUUUCCCCUGACAGUAGGCUCAAGCUCGCAUCAGCAAGCCCAAAGGCUUAACAGUCGACCCCUGGUUCCUCGACACAGGCAACAGGGCCUCCGUCGUUCAACUGGGACAACACCCUUGGCAAAUACGGGCCAUUUUGAGUCGCAUCACCGCUUAGAAGAGCCAGAACAAAUCGGAAGUAUGGACGAAACACCCUCCAAGCCUCCUGAAACUGCAAUAGCGCCUGUAGCAAACAUGUCUUGA